GUAGUACCCAUUUCAAAAUUGUACACAGUUGUACUUAAAAACUUUCACGGUAAUAAUGUCAUUGUUAUUCGUCAAAAUGCAUCGACUUGGUCAUCGAUUUUUUUCCUAUACAUUUUGUUUUCUCUCUGAUAAAUAUAAGAACCAAAUUACUUCAGAAAAAGUUCUUCACAUAAACAACACAGUACAUAUCAAAUGUAUUAGCUCCGCAUAUUGUUUUUGUUCAUAAGCAUAUAGACGCUGUUCUCUGCUUCAUGACAUAGGUCAGCUUACUUUCAACCAAUCGCUCAUAUAUAACAAAGGAUAUGUUCGUCUGUUGCAUCCAUGCAUAAAACAAUGUUCGAUAUGUUCGCGUCUUGAUGAUUUGUCUUACAAUACACAUGUGAACAUAUAUAAAUGCAUUGAAGAAUUAUUCAUCAAAAGUAAAAACAAAAAUUAAUAAGUAAUUGCAUAUCUUUAAUACAGCUGCUGUAAGUGUUUUUUUUUUAUUAUGGCUUAUCUUACUAUCGGUCCCAAUUUCGUUCCUGGUCAUACUGCAAGUAAGUUAUGAAAAACACAAAAAAGAUUUAUUUCUCAUAUUGCUAAGUUAAUGACACUAGUAAUUACGUUUAUCUCGUUCCUUUCAUAUCAAAUUUUAGUCAUAUCAGUGCAUUUGCGAAAACAAACAUGGGUAGAAUCAUUUCUGCUCACGAUCGAAUCUAUUAGAAAUUCAUGUUAUCCAUAAAUCUCCAUGUCCUUACACCGAAAUGGUAUGAAAAUGUAAACAGAAAUACACAUCAUAAUCUAUACAGGAGCUUUAGUUACUUCAACAUUUCGAAGCAGCUCGUAAACUUUAAUUCCUUGAAAUCUGAGGUAAACACGUCUAUUAAUUUAUGCAUCGAUUAGGGGUUGUUUAUGUAUAUUAAUUGAAAAAUCAACUAGGUUCGAGAACGUUUAUGAGACAAAUUAUCACAAUCAGUUGUUUUAUUAUACAAAUGGUGAUGGUAUUUUUAACUUGAAAGAUACGAUGUUGAUGUCAACAAUAAAUGAAUAAAUACUCAUCUUGACAAUAUCAGUUUGCUUUACAUAAUAAAAUCGACUUUUGAUGAAUUUAAUCUUUUAAGCGAGCAUUUUCUACAUAAAAUGAUUUUCACAGGGAAUAAGAUUGCUUCUAUGAUAUUAUAUUUUGGAGUAUAUUAAUGAUUUUCUGUAAUAUUUCUCUAUGAGUAUGCUUUAACUUGACUGUCUGAUUUUUAAUAGAUUAUUUAACACUGAGGAAGGAGAAAAAGUGAUCUCUAAAUAACAACGCAAUAAAUCGUUUUUUUUCAGCUGAUCAGUAACUUCUUUAGGGAUGAUUCGAAAGGAAACGAAAUCUUGAUUUUUCGUAUAUAUAAAUUAACUAAUGUGAACUAUCAAUAUUAAAUCUAAAUUCUAUGGAGACUUGAACAGAUUUGAACUUUUAAUUCCAUUCCACAUAAUAUUUAUUUUAUGACAACAAUCAUAACGUGACUGCUUAUAUAGGAAUUGCAAUAUUCGAAGAAAAAUUAACGAAUGAACAACUUCAAUAUUUACAUCAAUAUUAUAAAAUGAACAAAUAUGCUGGACCAAAACAAAUUCGUCAAAUUGCUAAACAAUGGAAUAUUAAUGCUUUUGAUUUUUUUAUGGAUCUGAUAAAUUGGUUUUUUGAUCAACAAUUAGAGGAUGUUUACCGCGAACAACGUCGAUUUCUAGCAUGCAGAAUGGGAGCUUAG